AUGUCAUCAGCCUCUAAGCAAAAACGUUUGGCUAAAAAAGCUGCCAAAAAUGCGUCUGCGGUAUCUACAACGAGUAAUGGUACAGGCGCAUCUAAAAAGCCAGACUCAGUAGAUGCAGCUAACGGAUUAUCCUUAGAUUCUUUAAAGAUCUCAAGCGAUAGAACUGCAAACGGUGUUCUAUCUUCACAACCAAUGUCUAAGGAUAUAAAGAUAGAACAGUAUAGUCUGUCAUUUCAUGGUCGUGUGCUGAUUGAAAACGCCACAAUCGAACUCAAUUUUGGUAGACGAUAUGGGCUUAUUGGAGCCAACGGGUCAGGAAAGAGCACAUUUUUGGCAUCUCUGGCUGCGAGGGAAGUUCAAAUUCCCGAGCAUAUUGAUAUCUAUCUAUUAAAUCAAGAAGCAGAACCGUGUGAAUUCAAUGCCACCGAAUAUGUCAUCCGGGCAGCAAAGGACGAAGUUGUUCGUCUGGAAAGAGAGGUCGAAGAUAUCUUAGCUGAAGGAGAUGGUUCGGAUGACCCAAGAUUAGAGGACUUGUACGAUCGCAUUUCUGCACUGGACGAGUCGACAUUUCAAACUCGCGCCAAUGUCCUGCUUCACGGUCUUGGAUUCACACAAACCAUGAUGAAGAAGAAAACAAAAGAUAUGUCUGGUGCAAAUCACUUGGAUUUGGAAGCUUGUGUGUGGCUUGAAGAAUAUUUGAAGACCUACGACCGUAUUUUGUUAUUAGUUAGUCACUCUCAAGAUUUCCUUGAUGGUGUGUGCAACCAAACUAUACAUUUGAAUGAAAAGAAGAAACUGAUCUACUAUGGAGGCGGUUAUUCUACAUUUGUUAAGACAAAAGCAGAGUUGGAGGUCAACCAAAUGAAAGCAUACCACAAGCAGCAAGAUGAAAUUGCCCAUAUAAAGAAAUUCAUCGCUUCAGCUGGUACAUAUGCUAAUCUGGUCCGACAAGCUAAAAGUAAACAAAAAAUUAUAGAUAAGAUGGAGGCUGCAGGUUUGAUUGAAAAGGUCGAGACGCCAUCAACUUUCAAGUUUAAGUUUCAAGAUGUCGAAAAAUUGCCACCACCUGUACUCCAGUUCGAUCAAGUUUCAUUCUCUUACAAUGGGAGUACCAAAUCAGAGGACCUUUUAUAUGAAGACUUGGAUCUUGCAGUAGACAUGGAUUCUCGAGUGGCUCUUGUGGGCCCUAAUGGGAAAAGUACUUUGCUCAAGUUAAUGAUGGGUGAACUUCAACCUGUAACGGGACGGAUUGCUCGCCAUACAAAUCUGAAAUUAGCAAAAUACAGCCAACAUAGUGCCGACCAGCUUGAAAUGGACUUGAGCCCUAUACAAUAUAUGAGAAAAAAAUUCGCUCAUCUGAAUGGCGAUGUCGACUUUUGGCGUAAUCAAAUUGGUCGUUAUGGUCUCACCGGAGCUCACCAAACGUCCCCGAUUGAGACUCUUAGUGACGGUCUAAAGACUCGUUUGGUAUUCGCCGAAUUGGUAUUGUCCACUCCUGAUAUAGUGCUGAUGGACGAACCUACGAAUCACUUGGAUAUGGAAAGUAUCGACUCUUUAGCAAAAGCUAUUAACGAAUUCACGGGUGGCGUGGUUUUGGUUUCCCACGAUUUCCGGCUAAUCUCACAG